AUACUAUUCCAAUAGUUAUUGCAAUUAGAAUCGUCGAUACAUUAACUCUGUGUAAGAUACGAGACCAAGAGCAAGUUAAUUCUCAGUGAAAUAUUGAAGCAUAUAGGGGAUAUCUUGAUAAAGGAAAGAAAUAAUAAAGAAAAGGAGAAAAAGCGUUAACUAUAAGAAAAGUGACAGUAACCAUUCUCGUGUACCUUCUUAUAGAUCCAUCAUAAAUAACCUUUUACUAUGCAACGUAUAAGGUUAGUUUAUCGAGCUCAUUGGUCAGGGUCAUCUGGUACAUUAUCAUGUGCUCUGGUUGCUUCCCGAGCCCGUAGAAUAAAUAUCAGGGCAAACUAUGCAACCACUUCAAAGCCCAUCGCACACAAAUCAAUCUCACAGACAGCAUUACCAAAGAACUCCAACCCUUCACAUGCACUCAACAAGAUCAUAAAACCAGCACUUUCGGAACUACUUGAAUCAUUCACAGAUUCAAAAAUCAAAAAUCCUACACAUCAACAACUUAAUGCUCUCCCAUUACAACUCAAAAACAAACUUUCAAAUUCAUUGAGAAAUAUAUUGGAGUUAAAUAUUGACAAGUUUGUAGCUGGUUCUUCCUCUACCAAUACCAUCCCUGCAUUGAAAAUAGAACACUUUUUAAACCCACAAGUGGAUGAUAUUGCACCAAUAUUGUAUACGCUUCAACAUAGUCCACCACCUGCUGAAUUUGGUAAGGCUUUGGGAGUUUCCACAAGAAAUGAACUUCUUCAUCUUGUGCUUGAAAAAUUACUCUUUAAAGAAUACCUCAAGUAUAAUCUUACUGCUGUUGAUUCACUUCCAGUAAAGAUGGAUUUCUCCAACCCUGCCGAAUGGUAUCCAGAGGCCCGUAAAAUGAAGAGAAAAAUCAUCAUGCAUGUUGGGCCAACCAACUCAGGUAAGACAUAUAACGCCUUGAAACUCUUACAGUCUGCUAAAAGUGGGUACUAUGCUGGACCUUUACGUCUUUUGGCGAGAGAAAUUUAUGAAAAAUAUCGUGAACAAGGGAUUAAUUGUAAUUUAGUUACUGGUGAAGAAAUCAUCCCAGAUAUUGAUGAGUUUGGUAAUGUGGCUGGAAUCUCUUCAGGAACUAUUGAAAUGGUUCCUGUGAACCGUAAGAUGGACAUCUGUGUUAUUGAUGAAAUUCAAAUGAUUGGUGAUAAUAGAAGAGGUGAAGCAUGGACAAAUGCUGUCUUGGGGGUACAAGCUAAGGAACUUCAUCUUUGUGGAGAAGUUAGUGCAGUUCCACUUAUUGAAAAACUUUCAAAGAUCACUGGAGAUUCAGUUGAAGUGAAAUCGUAUAAUCGAUUGGGGGAAUUGGUAGUUGAAGAUAAGCCGGUUAAUCGGUUCAGUUUUAAGGAUUUACGUCGUGGAGAUUGUGUAGUAGCCUUCUCCAAGUUGAAGAUCUUGCUGCUUAAAAGAGAAAUUGAAUCUAAACUGAAAUUGAAGGCAGGGGUUGUUUAUGGAGCAUUACCUCCAGAAGUUAGAUCAGAGGAAGCAGGCAAAUUCAAUUCUGGGAAAUAUGAUAUAUUAAUUGCCAGUGACGCAAUUGGUAUGGGUCUUAAUCUUAAGAUCCGAAGAGUUGUAUUUGUGACUGUGGAUAAGUUUGAUGGUAAGGAGAUGACUAAAUUAACUGCUUCCCAAGUGAAGCAAAUUGCUGGUAGAGCAGGACGGUUCUCAAGUGAAGGGAAGCUGGUCGGUUAUGUCACAGCCUUCGGUCAGAAUACGUUGGAGUAUGUAAGAGAUUCUAUGGACAUGCCACUGAUCCCAUUGAAGAAAGCAUACCUUUGGCCUACUGGAGAAAUUUGGGCUCGCUAUAUUGCCAAGUUUCCAAAGAAAACUCCAUUGGUUGAAGUUUUCAAACAAUUAGAAAAGGAUUUACAGAGGGAUAAGGGUAAGAUGGAUCUUUAUCAAGUAACUGAAUUGGAUUCAAGAAAAAGAAUUUUGAAACAGUUUGAACAUCGGAAACUUGUUGGAAAAAUUCCAUAUGAAGAUCAACUUCGUCUUAGCAUUGCACCAUUAAACUUGGAUAAACCAACUGAAUACAUAAACGAUAGAAUAUAUCAGUUAUUGUUUGCCAUUGCGAACAUGAGAUCCCAUGAUAUUCUUUACUACAAGAUUAAUGAUCAAAACAUUAUGAAGAAGGAACCUAGUGGAGCCAUGACCUACGAACAUGCAAUGGCAACUGUGGGUAGACUUGAAGAAAUGCACAAGAUGACUAUUUUGUUCCUAUGGCUUAGUCAAAGAUGGCCCACGCUCUUUGUUGACAAAGAGGCAGCUAUGGAUUGUAAGACCUUACUUGAAAAGAGAAUUACUGAAGAGUUGGCAAAUUUGAAAAAGAUUAAGAUUUUUAAAAAGGGUUCAAGAUAUACGCAACGUGGGUUUGGUGAUACUUAGUGAACAAUGUCACGGGUACUUGUAUAUAUGUAAAUAGAUCGUAAUUGAUACGUACAU